AUGAAUAUUGAUGACGCAGUAUCUCGCCAAGUUGAUCUUCUCUCUAUGCUCAAAGAGAUUCGUGACAGAUUCACAAAAGAGGGCCCCACUCGUCGUGCCAAGAAAGGCAUCUCUUAUCAUCAGGAUCAAUUCGACAAACUCUUGACAAUCUGGAAAGAAUUCGACCAAAAUGACUCUCAGCUUCGUCAAUCAGCUGAUGAGAAUCAUGAAUACUUCACUUCGUUCACAUAUGAUCUUGGAAAAGACUCAUAUAAAAAAAUGAAAUCAUUCAUUGAAAAAGCCAUGACAACGGACUUUCAAGCAAAGCCCAAUCCAGAGCCCAAACCUCUCGACAUUCCCGCGGGAGACUCACACAAUGAAAACAAUGAUGGUAAUCCGAUACCACCUAAUGACAAUGGGCAGCGACUUCGCCAAAUGCUCGAUGCACUUUCAUCCACUGAUCAAAUCACUGAUCAAGAGGACUGGAUUCGUCCCAAUUCUCUUCCAAAAUUGCCUCCUGUAAAGCUACACAAGUUUUCGGGCAAAAAUGAAGAAUGGCAAGCCUUUAUCGAGCUCUUUAUGAGUGUCAUCCACGGCAACCCAUAUAUCAGCAAAGUGCAAAAACUCCACUAUUUGAUUACUUAUUUAGACGGACAACCAAAGCAACUCCUCGCGCAUUUUUCUCUCACUGACGCUAAUUACGAUAGCGCUCUCCAAAUCCUCAAUGCGCGUUACAACAAUCAAAGACAGAUGGUCACCAACUAUAUGAACGCAAUUGUUUAUCACAAAAAACUCAACGUUGGAUCCGCGGACGACGUGAUCCAUCUCCACGAUGCUAUUAACUCCAGUUUAGCCGGAUUAAAGAAUCUUGGCUAUGACAUCUCCACUUGGGACCCCAUCCUCGUCACUGUCGCCAUUCAAAAGUUUGACCUAGACUCAAACAAGGCCUUCGAGGAAAACAUAUCCGAUAUAACAGCUGUUCCAACCAUUCCAGAGCUCCUCAAGUUUCUCAUGAAGAGAUAUAGAGUUCUACUUACCAGUCCCAAGGAUGGCCAUCAAUCUAAAGACAAGAAAAAGUCUUUCCAUAUCACUUCUGCUAAAGACAACUGCUCAAAAUGUGGCAGAAAUCAUCCACUGAUCAAAUGUUUUGAGUUCAAGAAACUCAGUCCCUAUGACCGGACACAGUUUGCAAAAGAUCAGAACUUAUGUCUCAACUGCCUAUACCACGACAAAAAAGACCAAUGCAAGAGCAAGAAGACUUGUUUUACUUGCAACAAAAAGCAUCAUACACUGCUACACUUCGAAAACAAGAAGUUUGCUGCACAAUCUCAAGCUACAAAGGCUCAAGUUGAAGACGCCUCCGAGACAGUAGCCAUGUACAGCAAAUCCGCCUCCGUCAUUUUACCCACUGCCCAACUCAAAAUUCAAGCCCGUGACGGUGGUUGGCACCUCAUGCGUGCUCUCCUGGACACCGGCUCAGGCGAGACAUUCAUCUCAGAGAGUGCUGCACAAAUUCUGAGGCUUCCUAAAAGGAAGCUCAUGAUCAAUAUCAAAGGCAUCGGAGAAGUCAAUGCAGGGACUUGCAAGGCUGCAAUUGACAUAAUUAUCUCUCCACGCAUGGCUUCAGACCAAAAGUGGAACACCACUGCACUAGUUCUUCCAAAACUAUCCUCAUUUUUGCCAGCAAAUCCCAUAAGCUCCAGUUUCGAUCUUCAUAGAAUUGAGAAACUCACAUUGGCCGACCCAAAGUUUAAUGUUCCAGGCCAUAUAGACCUCAUUCUCGGCACUGAAAUCUACUCUCAAAUCAUCAGAACUGAUUUGAAACGUGACCCAAGCGGCUUGGUAGCUCAAGAAACAGGCCUUGGGUGGAUAAUCCUGGGCAAUACACUCAAUCCGGGACAACACCGAGAAGUCAUCAGCAUGAUCUCACUCGCAGAUCUUGAUAAAUCGCUCAGAGCUUACUGGGAAAUGGACACUGGAGACGGAGCCACAAUCGAAGAAUAUACCGAAUGUGAGGAGCACUUCGAGUGCACUCAUCUUAGAGGCAGUGAUGGACAAUAUCAGGUCCGCCUUCCAUUUAAAAAUAUAGAAAAUGCCCAGCUUGGAGAAUCCAGGAACCAAGCACUCGCACGUUUCCUCUCAAUGGAGAAGAAAUUUGCCGCAAAUGCAGACCUAAAGAAGUCCUAUUCCAAGUUCAUGACAGAGUAUCUGGAACUUGGACACAUGACAGCGGUUCCCAAUUACACCGGUCCCCCCGAAAAGGUGUACUUCCUACCACAUCAUGCUGUCUUCAAGGCUGACAGUACAACCACAAAAACACGAGUUGUCUUCGAUGGAUCAGCCAAAACCAACUCAGGACUAUCUCUCAACAACCUCCUCCACACAGGACCAAAGCUCCAACAGGAUCUACCGAACAUCCUAACAAGAUGGAGAAAAUACGCCUAUGUCUAUACGGCAGAUAUUGAAAAAAUGUUCCGCCAAAUCUUUCUUCAUCCUGAAGAUCGUGAUUAUCAUCGUAUUCUCUACAGAGAUAAUCCACGUCAAUGCAUCCAAGAAUUCCAACUCAACACAGUCACUUAUGGGAGUGGACCAGCCACUUACCUUUCGGUAAGGGUACUGCAUCAACUCGCAGCAGAUGAGGAACAUCGUUUUCCAAGGGCUUCCAAAAUCCUAAGGCAAGACUUCUAUGUCGAUGAUUUGCUAACAGGUACCCACUCACUGCAAGAUGCCAAAGCGCUAUAUCAUGAAAUCAUUGAGCUGCUUAAACUUGGCAAAAUGAACUUGCUGAAAUGGACUAGCAAUUGUCCAGAGCUCAUGGCUGCAAUUCCUGAUCAUCUCCGAGAAAAGGGAUCAAUACUUCUCAAAGAAGAAGACACGAUCAAGGAGCUUGGCGUCUACUGGUGUCCACUAAAGGACAUAUUUCAAUUCAAAAUCAACCUGAACAAGAAGGAGGUCCUAACAAAACGAAGCAUUGUCUCCGAAACAGCCUCAAUCUUUGACCCAAUAGGCUGGCUUGCACCUGUGAUACUUCGUGCAAAACUCAUCAUACAACUUAUCUGGAAGGAAGAAAUUGACUGGGACUUUAAACCCUCCGACACCGUCAUUAGGAUGUGGCGAGAUUUCCGGGCCGACAUCAAGAAUAUCGAAACCAUCCAAAUACCUCGCUGGACAAACUAUACCCCAGAAGCGAGGGUUGAAAUUCACGACUUUGCAGAUGCAUCAACAAAGGCUAGUGCCGCUUGCGUCUACAUGAGAACCACGGUUAACAACAAAACCACUGUCUUCCUACUCACAGCCAGAACUAAAGUAGCUCCAGUGAAGGGACACAUAACACUCCCAAGAAUGGAGCUCUCCGCCGCAGUACUUCUCGCCAACCUAAUGAAAACCACCCUUCAAAGCCUUGAGAUAAGACCAGAUGCAAUCCAUGCAUGGACAGACAGCAUGAUUACUCUUGCUUUGAUCAAAAGAGAUCCUUCUACAUGGAACACAUAUGUAGCCAACAGAGUAGCUAAAAUUCACAAGGCAAUUCCGAGAGACAUCUGGGGUCAUGUUGAAACCGAAGAGAAUCCAGCUGACAUAGCCUCACGAGGUACCACUGCAGCGCUGCUAGCUUCCCAUAAGCGCUGGUGGGGCGGCCCAACCUGGCUACGCCAUCCCCAACACAUGUGGCCUUCAAUCAGGAACAAGCACCUCAAAGACUUUGAUGACGCGCUUUUAGAAGGUACCGGCUGUCUUUUUACACUGAACGUAAUGAACUCCACCGCAACAGUAAUGGCAGCCUUAGAGUCAGUCCCAAAGCCACCUCAGCCAACAGAAACUUUCCUGAAUAAGUUUUCUUCCUUCAGGAGACUUGUCCUGGUCAUUGCGACGCUACUCAGAUUUGCUGAUAAUUCGCGCAAAUCUCCAGAAAAAAGGGUCAAAGGUAGCCCUACUGCCACAGAAAUCCAGAAGGCAAAGCUAAGAGUCUUUGGAAUGAUUCAAGCAACAUUCUUAUCAGAAGAACUCAAGGCGCUCCAAACCAAUAAGCCACUGCCAAACAAGAGCAAAAUCAAGGAUCUUAAUCCAUACCUUGAAGAUGGGCUUAUCAGAGUUGGAGGAAGAAUCCAAAACUCUCACCUUCCGGAUCAUGCCAAGCAUCCGAUACUUCUUCCAAAAUGUCAUACUACGGAAACACUCAUCAGAGAAGUCCACGAGAAAGAGAUGCUUCAUGCAGGAGCUCAACUCACCUUGAAUCAACUACGCACCAAAUAUUGGGUAGUCCAAGGACUCAGAUACGUCAAAGGUGUCAUCAGAAAGUGCGUCAAAUGCAUAAGAUGUAAGCAAGGCACUGCAAACCAGAUGAUGGGCAACCUUCCAGCCUCACGAGUGACUCCAGCGCCUCCAUUCUCAAAAACCGGGGUCGACUACGCAGGCCCAAUCAUCACACGGAGGAAUAAAGGCCGAGGAAAUGCAAAUGAAAAAUGCUACAUCGCAAUUUUCGUCUGCCUAGUUACCAAGGCAAUACACAUCGAAGCCGUCAGUGAUCUGAGUACUGAAGCCUUUCUUGCUGCACUACGUAGGUUUAUCAGCAGGAGAGGAAAGCCAUGUCUGGUAAUGAGUGACAAUGGGACCAACUUUGUGGGUGCCAAACGCGCACUAGACAAAGAAACAACCGAAGCCAUAAAGAAAGCAACCAAGGUGGCUGCUGCCCAGCUUGCCCAGCAAGAAAUUGAAUGGAAAUUCAUUCCACCUGGCACACCACAUUUUGGGGGACUCUGGGAGGCAGCAGUAAAGUCUGUCAAACAUCAUCUUACCAGAGUAAUCGGCCUCACCAAACUCACAUUCGAAGAGUUAACCACCUUCCUCUCCCAAGCCGAGGCAUGCGUGAAUUCACGUCCCAUUGCACCUCUAUCGAACGAUCCCAAUGAUCUACAAGCGCUCACACCUGGUCACUUCCUAAUUGGAAGGCCUCUCACUGCGCCACCUCAAGCUGACCAAUCAGAUACCAAUCCUACUAAUAGAUGGAGAUUGAUCCAGAAGAUGUACCACCAACUCUGGAAAAGAUAG